AUGGCAGCUCAAUUUAAGCAACUCGGUGGUACUCCCAUAACGCCAGAAUUGGCAGUGGAACUAAGACAAUUAGUUUUUGGCACCUCGGCCAUACCCAUGAGAGCAGAAUGGACUCAAACACCCUUUACCUUUGGUUCAGCGAAAGAAGAAUUUGCCUAUGGCUUAAGGUCUCCGCGUAAUGCUACCCGCGGUCUAUUAUCAGUGGUUCAGGGUUUUAUAUUAAAACAUUUGCUAUUUGGUCGCAAAUCCUCUAGGAGUGCCGCCAUGGCAGAUCCUCUACAACCCUCUCUCGAUAUGCAACGCGAAUCUUUACUUCUGGCUUUAUUGGAAAUUUUACGUUCUAUAGCGGAUAAAUCAAAAGUCAUUAUGGUUUUACCAUCACCCGAUGAUGAGUGUUUUGUGGAACAUAGCGCCACCUAUUUUCAUGAUGGCAUAACUGAAAAGCUUUAUAUUUUCCAUUUAAAUCCCAAUGAGGAAUUGGAGUUUUUUGUUAAACGUUAUUUUAAAAUUUUUACCGAAGAAGAUGCUCCUGGUACUUUGUUGUUUUUGUAUAGCGCUGUUUUGACACGCACUAUGGGCAAGGUACGCAGUGACCUCGAUUCUACUAAAAUUGUUCCCCUAACCAUGAGCAACAAUGAGGAAGGUUCUCUAAUGAUAGUAACACUUUUACUUACCGGACGAGCCACGCCCUACAUACACAAUGGUGUUAUAAAUGUGGGCGAUGAAAAUAGUUAUGCCUCUCCCCAAUAUGGUAUUUUAAAACGUUGUGCCAUUGGUUUACUGCUGUGGGAAAAUGAAAGUGGCCAGCUUAAUACAGCAGUGGCACGUCAACCAGGCUCACGCCUUAAGACACCCAAUUGUCCCAUAUGGAUAACACUGUGUGCGGGACAUUAUGGUGUCAUGUUUAAUAAAAAUCCUGAGCUGUUGCGUAAUUAUCAUGCUGAAUCACGUUUUGAUUUGUAUUACUAUAGUUGCUCGGGUCGUGAAAUAGCCAUGACUAUUGAUAAUCGUGUUUAUAACGAACAGGCUGCUGGUAUGUUGGAAAAUCAACAAUCUUCUUCGGAAAAUACUUCUAUUGCGGCUAGACCUUCGAAAGAGGAUAAUUUUUCGAAGGAUGAAACAUCGGCGGCUAAGGAUGAGCCGACGGUUAAUACGCCUCUACAGAAAUUGGUGCAUACUAAAUGGGAAGAGGCUCAAAUUAAGUUUCAUGUCCAACCCUCCAUGUACUCAGCAGUAAGAUGGGGCUGUGGGGUUGAAGAAAUUGUUGUAGAGUUUUUAAGCGCUUAA